AGUAGUCUAUCGCCCCUUGGUCCGUUACCAAGUGGCACCCCGACUAGGACCCCGAAAAACCACGGAGUCUAGUACUGCGCUCACCAGCGUUCUAGGCGUUAUUGACGCCACUCACGCCCUUGCUACCUCACAAAAUACCCCUGUACAAGUCCUAACGGCCCCACUGUCGACUUCAGCGUCAAUGGCCGCCGUAAAGAAGCGUCCAGCACCCACGGGAACUGGCAUUUCAAAUGACCGGGCUCCCACCCCAACUAACAAAAUUAGACUAUCUCAUCGCAACACAGUCUCCUUGAUGCUGCCAAAGGAUGAAAUAAUGCAACAAGACUACGAAGUCAAGGAUAAAGAAAGCAGUACCACGUUUCUAGAGAAGUCCCCGUUUCGUCAAAUAGGCGAAACCAUGUCAAACGAAAGCUUAAUAUUAACAAUUCUCCAUAUUACCCAAUACACAGGUAUCCCACGCACUGUCAUAGAAGGACUCAGAGCAGUAGCCAUAUUGCUGGAGGACGGCCUUAAAACCAGACAGGAGGCUACACCGACCACUCAGCAACUGACAGACUCUAUCUCAGCCGCCAUUUCAACCCAACUAGUACUGGACCUCUCGAACACGCUAUCGUCUCACGUAAUAGCGGCUAUUUCACCUCAAAUCGCGUCUAUCUUAACGGCUUCCGAGACCCUCAAAUCGAACGUCGACGAAAUCGCGAAAUUCAAAACAAUCAUAGAGGCAAACUCGAAGGAAGACAACACUUUUGCAUCUGCGGCUGCAAACCGAGCGGAACUUGCGGCUGACGCCGUCCUAAGCAGUAUCACUGAUGUCAAAAGUGCUAUAGAAUCGCUAACUACUCCCCCUCCCAGCACAAUUCAGUCGAAAACGACGAAGUCAUACAGUGCGGCAGCUCAACACAACGCACAGACCUCGGCUCCCAUCUCGGCAGCGAUUACUCGCGCCUCCACAAGGGACCGACAAAUCUUGUUCGAUCCAACUCCAGGCAAAGCCCUAUUCGCACCCGAAGUAACAUCAGCAGACAUAGCGACCAAAAUGAAACAAGCGCUAACAACAUCCGAAUCGGACGACACACCCGAUAUUUUAAUCAAGGCAAUCACGCGCCUCAGAAACGGCGACCUCAUAGUAGAACUCACAACCACAGAAGCCGCUACAUGGAUAAGAAUUCCAGAAAAUCGACUCAAGAUCAUCGCUGCACUCGGAAUACCUGCAACCAUCAAAGAUAGGCGUUUCUCGGUUAUCGUCCCAUUAUUACCUAUUACUUCUAGUAUCGAAGACUCGACUUGGUUAUGUACAGUCGAAGAAGAAAACAACAUGUCCCUAGGUGUCAUCGAAUCGGCUAACUGGAUCAAGCCACGACAACGCAGGACACCGCAGCAACGAGUCGCACACGCAAUCUUCCACUUCGCAGACCCCCACUCGGCCAACAAUAUUCUUCGGGACCAGGCCAUGUUGUCAAUAUGAUAUAUCAUUUUACUCUCAUUAGAAUAAAGGCGUGAUAUAUCAGGGCCUUUGGCUUAACACAGCUCACCCACAGCUAGUGUUGCCGUCGAACCAAGGUGACCUCGAGGUAACUUCGGUUCGGUUCGAAAUUGAGGCAGUUCGAUACAACUCGAUUCGUUUACGCCUCGUUGAACGAACUGCCAAAUGAAAUGCUAAA